GAGAGAGAGAGAAGUUUGGGAUCGAAUCCGGUCACUUCGUUUCAUCUGUGUUGGUAUUAAUGGCGUGAUCGGAACGAAGAUCUUGAGCUGAUCCUCGAUCUCCCUUUUGUCUUUUUUUGGAAGCUCAAUCUAGAGAGGAGGGAGUGAAGAAGGAGAAGCAGAGGUUUGGUUUGUGGUGCUUACUGAUUGUUCUCAGAGUACAGAUUUCCAGCUGUCCAGGUACUCUUCAGUGUUUAUGAAAUUAUCUGUUUGAGUAUAUUUCACUGUUUCAGAUACCAAAAUUUGUUGAGAAUCUGGUAAUGGAGUAAUGGACCUUCGAUUUCAAGUUUUGAUGAAGAUUACAAGAAGUUUGGGUUCUGUCAUCUGUGGGUGUCUUUGAGGUGAUCUGAGAUUGUAAUCUGUUUUUGCCGAUUUGGACUCUCUAAAUCUAUUAUUCCACUGACAAAGUGAAGUCUAUGCUGAGAAGGUUUGAGUUCAGGUGUCUCCAGUGAAUUUUUAGCGUAUUUCAGGUGUUGAGAUUUGGAAGCUUCCAAUCUAUCGAAAAUCAGGUUUUCUUUCCACAGUGUUUCUGACUUUGAGUACAAUGGGGAAGAACCUAACGUGAAAUAUAAAAUACGGUGAGUUGAUUUCGAGUAUUGGGAUUCUUUUUCUACUUUCAAGAUUUAUAAGUGGAGUUAGGUGGUCCAUUCGGUCCCAUUGGAACUGUUUGAACAAUUAGGAAAAGCAUAGCCUGGACGGAGAAAUAUCAAAUUUCUCUGUUUUGGGUUUUUGGGUUUCUUUCUUGGUGUGCAGAAACCUGGGUAUACUGAAAAACUUAGGAGAAGUUGAGGGACAAGGAAGCUAGUCUAGCUUUCAAGUUCUUCCGCAUUUUGGGGUUUUCAUGGGUUGCAUAAGCUCUUGAGCUUCGAUCCCACCAAAGAUGACAACCAUAUCUAAUUGGAGAUAGAAGAGGAAUAAACUAUGGAGGAUUUGUCCAAAUAUACGCACAGCCCUGUUCAUUUGGCUGUUGCCCGCCGCGACUAUGUCUCCCUCAAACGCAUUGUCUCCACCCUCCCAAGUCUCCCUAAGGCAGGUGAGGUCACCACCGAAGCUGAAUCCCUUGCUGCCGAGCUCCAGGCUGAUGUUCUCUCUGCUGCAAUUGAUCGCCGUGAUGUCCCUGGCCGUGAGACCCCUCUCCACCUUGCUGUCAGACUCCAUGAUCCCAUCUCAGCCGAGUUCCUAAUGGGUGCGGGUGCUGAUUGGAGCCUGCAGAAUGAGCACGGAUGGAGUGCUCUUCAAGAAGCUGUUUGCACCCGUGAAGAUAACAUUGCUAUGAUUAUUGCCCGGCACUACCAGCCACUUGCCUGGGCCAAAUGGUGCCGCCGUCUCCCACGCAUAGUCUCAUCUGCAGCUCGAAUUCGCGAUUUCUACAUGGAGAUAACAUUCCAUUUUGAAAGCUCCGUCAUCCCCUUCAUUGGUCGCAUUGCCCCAUCAGAUACCUACCGUAUUUGGAAGCGUGGUUCAAAUCUUCGUGCUGAUAUGACCCUUGCUGGCUUUGAUGGAUUCCGCAUCCAGCGCUCUGACCAAACCUUCCUCUUCCUCGGAGAAGGUUACUCUUCGGAUGAUGGUAAUUUAUCUGUUCCACCUGGUUCUCUGAUUGUCCUUGCACACAAGGAGAAAGAAAUAACAAAUGCUCUGGAGGGAGCUGGGGCUCAGCCCACAGAGGCUGAAGUUGCCCAUGAGGUAGCCUUGAUGUCUCAGACAAACAUGUAUAGGCCUGGGAUUGAUGUUACUCAGGCGGAGCUUGUUCCCCAUUUGAACUGGAGGCGACAGGAGAGGACUGAGAUGGUAGGAAAUUGGAAGGCUAAGGUUUAUGAUAUGCUUCAUGUGAUGGUGAGUGUCAAGUCCAGACGGGUUCCUGGUGCAAUGACUGAUGAAGAACUAUUUGCUGCAGAGGAUGAUGAAAGAAUGGUAAAUGGUGGGGUACAUGGUGAAUAUGAUGAUGUAUUGACCGCUGAGGAAAGGAUGCAAUUAGAUUCAGCUCUCCGGAUGGGUAAUUCUGAUGGAUUUUGCGAGGAUGAGGAAAAUGGGGCUUUUGACUCCCAAGAAAAUGGUACAGGAGGUUUCUCUGAAAGUUGUGAACCCAAUGGUCUUGCCAAAGAAAAGAAGAGUUGGUUUGGCUGGAACAAGAAAGGUUCUAAGAAUGGGAAUGAUGUUAACAACCGGAAACCAGGUGAUUGCCAAAAAUCGUCUGAAUUUCCUAGGGAGGAUCUAGGGGAUGUUAGGAAAGGCAAAGAGAAAGGUAACAAGAAAAAAAAGAGUGGUGCCACAAGUGAGUCCAAGCAAGAGAGUGAGUACAAAAAGGGUUUGAGGCCUGUUUUGUGGUUGACACCUGACUUCCCUUUGAAAACAGAUGAGCUCUUGCCUCUGCUUGACAUCUUAGCAAACAAGGUUAAAGCUAUUAGGAGACUUAGGGAGCUUUUGACCACCAAACUGCCUCAUGGCACAUUUCCUGUAAAGGUUGCCAUCCCUAUUGUUCCAACUAUUCGGGUCCUUGUAACUUUCACGAAAUUUGAAGAGCUUCAGCCAAUCGACGAGUUCUCAACCCCUCUCUCCAGUCCAGCACAUUUUCUGGAUUCCAAAGUCAAGGAAUCAGAGGGAUCAUCGUCAUGGAUUUCAUGGAUGAGAGGGAGUCGUGGUGGGCAAUCAACUGAUAGUGAAGGUCGAAGCUUUAAGGAUGAGAUUGACCCUUUCCAUAUCCCAUCCGACUAUUCAUGGGUUGAUGCCAAUGAGAAGAAGCGGCGGAUGAAGGCCAAGAAGGCUAGGAGCAAGAAGGCUAAGAAGCAAUCAGCAACCAAAAGCAUGGAUGUAGGACAUCGGGUGAUUGAAGAUUUGGAUGAACAGUAGUGGAAGAUACUGCUCUUAUAUAUUGCCUGUUCUAAUCCUUUCAAGAGGAGUAGGUAAGGACAUUUGUGAAGAUCGACUCAAUUUCUUUCUUUGGGAAUUGGUGGAAGGAAAUGCUAAGGUUGGAGUGUUUGUAGUUGUGUAAGAAGAGGUUCCUCAUUUUUUUUUACCACUGUUGUAACUUCUAUGUCACAUGAUAUGAAUUGGGGAGGGGGUAGUAGAAUCUCCUUUUUUCUAUAUUAAUUUGAUUUUGUUCUCAUUAUUCUAAUUACUGUUUGUGGGGUAUGAGAAUAAUCAAAACAGCUGGAAAUACGAUUGGAGCUUUGUAUUGAGAUUGCUCGUCUUC